CAACAAAUUCGGAUUUAGUUCGAAUAUAAGCUGAGCAGAACUAUUUGAAAAUGUCCAGUCUUGAUGAUUUCUUUGCCAAGAAAGACAAUAAAAAAUAAAAAAAAAAACCCAAUUACUUGGCCACCGAUGAGUUGUAUAAAACGCUAGAGGAAUCCUCAAAGUUGGUCACAGAUGCGGAUUCCGAAAAGUGCCUGGGAAACGAGAGUCGUGCAGAGGGGCCAACUGAAUCUUCAGGAUCGGCCCUAAAACCACUAGAAUUUCGGCUUCUUUACUCGAAUGAAUCUGUUGAAGGGGAGGAUGAAUGGUGUGAUUUCACAGAGGAGAAUCGCAUGGAGUACAUGAGCCUGCGCCGCAGCAUUGAAACUAGCCUUGGCUCCACAGCUCUGGUUCAGUUGGCCGGUGGCGAGGUUAAAGUUCAGGAUUCGGAGCAACACGAUAAUGCUGGCGAUGGCAUAGACGUGGGUCAGGCGCUGAUUGAUGGCAUGGGUAGUACCACUUGUCCCUGGAGAAAGAUGGGGCGCCCACUUGAGCAACAGGAGCUAAAGGAUCUAAGCGAGCAGAAUCCUGUGGAGCAGCCGAAAAAGGAAGAACCGUCCGAGGCUAAGAGCCAAAUCUACAUACCACCUGCUCUCCGGCAAAGCCAAGGUGACUUCAAUCAACGCGCCGAGCUGGAGAGCCGCCUGGUUCCAACCAAGAUGUCUGGUAAACCUCAGGCUCCUGAUCUCAACAGUGCCGACUAUUUUCCCAGUCUAAGUGGCGCCAAGCCAUUCAGGCGCACCAAGUAGCUUUUUCACGAUGAUUAUGCUCCUUAAACUUGCCGUUUCUGUUUCCUAAGUUUACCGAUAUCAAUUUUUCUGGUCGAUCUGAUACGGUGCCCCGCUUUAAUAAAA